GCCUGUGUUUAUGAACUGUAGGAGUUUAAAAGUAAGAAUGUUAUUAAAUAGAUGAAGAAAGAGGAACAGAGACGGAAUAGAAAUAACAAUAAACGUAUUUAAUGUAGUAAAAGGUUAAAACAGCAGAAUAAAGAUGACUGUAGGUGUGAGAUGGUGCUGUUUGUUGUUGGUGUUUUGGUGCAGAGUUGUUGAGAGCAGCAGGAGAAACGCGCUGCUUAUUAUCGGUGAUGAUGCCGGGUUCGAAACGGAGGUCUACAACAACACAGUGGUCAGAACUCCGCACCUGCAAGCUCUGGCUCAGCGCAGUUUGGUUUUUCGGAACGCCUUCACCUCUGUCAGUAGCUGCUCACCCAGCCGCUCCACCAUCCUCACUGGUUUACCACAGCAUCAGAACGGCAUGUACGGGCUUCAUCAGGGCGUGCACCACUUUAACUCCUUCGAUGGAGUACGCAGCCUUCCCCUCCUCCUGAAACAAGCUAACAUUCGUACUGGCAUCAUCGGGAAGAAGCACGUGGGUCCGGAGUUCGUUUACCCGUUCGACUUUGCUUACACAGAGGAGAACGGCUCGGUCCUGCAAGUGGGCCGCAACAUCACUCGAAUCAAACUGCUUGUGCGCAAGUUUCUAAAGGAACAGAAGGAGGAAGAGGAACGGAAUAGAGGAGAAGCACGGCCGUUCCUCCUGUACGUAGCGUUUCAUGACCCUCACCGCUGCGGCCACUCUCAGCCCCAGUACGGAGCCUUCUGUGAGAAAUUCGGCAAUGGUGAGAGUGGGAUGGGACGAAUUCCUGACUGGAAACCACAGCACUACUCACCUGAUCAGGUCAAGGUACCGUACUUCAUCCAGGACACGCCGGCCGCUCGAGCAGAUAUCGCAGCUCAGUACACCACCAUCAGCCGACUAGACCAGGGUGUGGGUUUGGUGCUGCAGGAGCUGAGAGAUGCCGGGUUCGAGAACGACACUCUGGUGAUGUACAGUUCAGAUAACGGUAUUCCAUUUCCGAACGGACGUACAAACCUGUAUAGCGCGGGUGUGGCUGAACCCAUGAUCAUCUCCUCACCUGAGCACAGACAGCGCUGGGGAGAAACCAGUGAGGCCUAUGUUAGUCUGCUGGACAUCACUCCCACUCUGCUGGACUGGUUCUCGGUGCCCUAUCCACCCUACACCCUCAGCAGCAGAACCCCAGUUCAGCUCACAGGCCGCUCCCUACUCCCCGCUCUCUCCUCCGAGCCAGUUUGGGACACUGCAUUCGGGAGCCAGAGCCUGCACGAGGUCACCAUGUACUACCCCAUGCGCUCAAUGCGAAGUGGACGCUAUCUGCUGCUACACAACCUAAACUACGGCUCGCCCUUCCCCAUCGACCAGGACCUGUACGUGUCACCCACCUUCCAGGACCUUCUGAACCGGACACAGGCGGGCCAGCCCACACACUGGUUCAAGACUCUGAGACAGUAUUACUACAGAGAGCGCUGGGAACUGUUCGAUACACACUCGGACCCGAGCGAGGAGAGGAACCUGGCAUCAGAUCCACAUUAUAAAGCUGUUUUCGAGCUUCUGAAGGAGCAGCUGGUGAAGUGGCAGUGGCAGACGGAGGAUCCGUGGGUUUGCAGCCCAGAUGCCGUGCUGCAGGACAAGAUGGAGCCAAAGUGCAGGCCGUUAUAUAACGAGCUAUAGCCGGUCAUCACUGAGGACGAGUUCUGUUCGGUUUUAGACAGACGACAGGAGAAAAUUGACUCAAUACACACUCACUACCAUCUCAUUAUUAAUUCCAUUUCAUUUCCUCAUGUAUGCGUCAACAUGGAGAAAAACUGAAAUUGGGAAACAGUGUACAGUAACUCCAGUGUAUAAUUUUGUUCUGAUAAGGGAUUAGGGGCGUAAUGUGUUCAGAACGUACCCUAAAAACACUGGACUGUCCAGGAGGUGGA